ACCGCUAAAACGAAGUGAAACCGAUAAGUUAGCCUGCGGCUCCUCCACCAACCUGAGAAGUUACUAGAUCCAACCGGCUUCUUCUUUCCAGAAGCUCCGCUCAGACCGAGGACAACCUCGUGUCUUUAAACCGGCAGGACGACCUUAGAGCUCACAGUGAUGUUAGCGUUAGCUGGGCUGACUGACAACAACUGUAGCCGCUUUCCAACCAAACUGCGCGUUUUGAAGAGUCGGAAUCCCCACAGUCACAUCAACCAGCCGUUUUAAAGUGGAGAAAUGCCUCAGAAACAGAAACCCAAGUCUUGGACAGAACUAAAGCAGGCAGGAAAUGAAUGUUUCAAGACGGGCCAGUAUGGAGACGCCACCAACCUGUACAGCCAGGCCAUCAGGGAACUGGAGAGAUCCAGUGAAUAAGAAGAACCUGAAGAUUUGGCCAUCCUGUACUCCAACCGAGCCGCCAGCUACCUGAAGGACGGGAACUGUUCAGAAUGUGUCAAAGACUGCGAUACGUCUCUGGAGCUGUUCGCGUUCAACGUGAAGUCUCUGCUCCGACGUGCUGCUGCCUACGAAGCCUUGGAGCGCUACAGACACGCUUACAUCGACUACAAGACCGCCCUGCAGAUCGACUACAACAUCGCAGCAGCUCACGACGGCACCAACAGAAUGACGAAAGCGCUAACAGAGGCAGACGGCCCGACAUGGAGGGAGAAACUUCCUCCCAUCCCCACCGUUCCUCUGUCGGUGAGGGAGAAGCUCGCCCAGCAGGCUGCAGGCAGCGAUCCGAAGGCGAACCCGGCGCCACAGCAGAACGGCAUCAAGAAAACAGACAAACCCGCACCAGGUGACAAAGACAUGAAGAAAGCGCAGACCCUGAAGGAAGAAGGCAACAGUCUGGUGAAGAAAGGGGAGCAUAAAAAGGCCAUAGAGAAAUACAGCCAGAGUCUGAAACUCAACCCCAACGAGAUCACAACCUACACCAACCGGGCGCUGUGCUACCUGUCGGUGAAGCAGUACAGAGACGCCGUCAGGGACUGCAGCGAGGCGCUCAGGAUGGACGGCGGCAACGUGAAGGCGCUCUACCGGAGGGCGCAGGCUCACAAGGAGCUCAAGGACCUGAAGGCCUGUGUGGACGACCUGAACGUCCUCCUGAAGGUGGAGCCAAAGAACACGGCCGCUCUGAAGCUGCUGCAGGAGGCGCAGAAGAAGAAGUGAGACGGCGUCCGGAGCGGCGCCGGGAUCCGGUCGUUUGGCCCGUUUACCCCCCGCCAGAAUAAACCUGGGUUUGAAUCAGGACGCUUCAGUUUGACCCGACCGAUCUCCAGCUGUUCAUAGUUUAAUUGUAACAGUCAGCCUCUCUGGUUCAGUAUUUAUGUUUAUUUAUAUCAGCUGCAGUUUUUCCACCUUUCAGCCUGUAUGUUUAUCAGCCAGGAGCUCAGAGAGAAAAUAUUCAUCUCCGAUCCACGCAGAGACGAAACAUCUCUUUAUUUAGCAGCUAGUGAGCAAAAGGUUUUUCCAUCCUGUUUAUUCCACUGAAUAAAUUCCCAAACCUCUUAAUAAAAUACUCCAAACA